AUGGCGCAGGAGGUAUGGGUGGGCACCUGGAGGCCCCAUCGCCCCCGGGGACCCAUCAUGGCCCUCUACAGCAGCCCUGGACCCAAGUACCUGAUUCCACCCACCACAGGCUUUGUGAAGCACACGCCCAACAAGCUGCGUGCACCGGCCUACAGCAUCCAUGGGGCCCCCAUGCUCCUGGCAGAGAACUGCUCCCCGGGGCCCCGCUACAGCGUGAACCCCAAGAUACUGAGGACUGGCAAGGACCUCGGCCCCGCCUACUCCAUCCUGGGGCGCUACUGCACUAAGACCACGCUGACCCCCGGCCCUGGCGACUACUUUCCAGAGAAAUCUACCAAGCAUGUGUUCGACUUGGCGCCCAGCCACUCCAUUUCUGCCCGAACCAAGACCUUCCGAGUGGACAGCACCCCAGGCCCCGCUGCCUACAUGCUGCCCGUGGUGAUGGGGCCUCACACUGUCGGCAAGGCCUCCCAGCCCGCCUUCUCCAUCAAGGGCCGCAGCAAGCUGGGCAGCUUCAGCGACGACCUGUACAAGACCCCAGGUCCCGCAGCCUACCGCCAGACCAAUGUCCAGGUGACUAAGUUCAAGGCUCCACAGUACACCAUGGCUGCCCGAGUGGAGCCCCCGGGGGACAAGACCCUCAAGCCAGGACCAGGAGCCCACAGCCCUGAGAAGGUGACAGUGACCAAGCCCUGCGCCCCCAUCGUCACCUUUGGCAUCAAACAUUCUGACUGCAUGACACCCCUGGUGGUGGACGUGGAACAGCCCUGGCCCCGCCCCACCCGCCACGCCACGCCUCUGCACAUCACGUGCCCCCAACAACAGAUUCCCUGA